UGGCCCGCGCCGCCACCGUGCCUCAAAGUUUGCCAACUGACUCGGAAAGUUGCGCUUGGGAUCCGCUGCCGCGGCACGCCGCGUCCCACCUCCCGGCAGGGCCCAGCUAGCCGCCGCCGCCCUGCGCGGGGCCCUUGCCCCGCAGACACCGGCAGCCCCGCCUGCCGGGGGCAUGUGAGCCGCGGGUGGGCAGCACCGGCCCGGCGCCUCGGAGGCAGCGAGCGCGGGCAGCCAUGGGCAUCCAGGGCAUGGAACUGUGCGCCAUGGCUGUGGUGGUGCUGCUGUUCAUCGCCGUGCUCAAGCAGUUCGGCAUCCUGGAGCCCAUAUCCAUGGAAGAUAGCAGCGACAGUGAGCUGGAGCUGUCCAUGGUGCGCCACCAGCCAGAGGGGCUGGAGCAGCUGCAGGCACAGACCAAGUUCACCAAGAAGGAGCUGCAGUCCCUCUACAGGGGCUUCAAGAACGAGUGUCCCUCGGGCCUGGUGGAUGAAGACACCUUCAAACUCAUUUACGCACAGUUCUUCCCUCAGGGAGAUGCCACCACCUAUGCGCACUUCCUCUUCAAUGCCUUCGAUGCUGAUGGGAACGGGGCCAUCUGCUUUGAGGACUUUGUGGUUGGCCUUUCUGUCCUCCUUCGAGGAACAGUCCAGGAGAAGCUCAAGUGGGCCUUUAACCUCUAUGACAUUAACAAGGACGGCUACAUCACCAAAGAGGAGAUGCUGGCCAUCGUGAAGUCCAUCUAUGACAUGAUGGGCCGGCACACCUAUCCCCUCGUGCGGGAGGACGCACCUCUGGAGCACGUGGAGAGGUUCUUCCAGAAAAUGGACCGGAAUCAGGACGGGGUAGUGACCAUUGAUGAGUUUCUGGAGACCUGUCAGAAGGAUGAGAACAUCAUGAGGUCCAUGCAGCUGUUUGAGAAUGUCAUCUAGGACACAUGGGGUAUUGCCAAGUGGCCAUUGCCACCACCUCAAUCCUGCCAGGAACAGCCUCCAUGAGAAACACUUUUCUAAUAUAUUUGCAAAAAGUGAAUAGUUUGCUCCAGACACAGAAACACAUCCAUUCCUCUGGGCUGGCAGAGGGGGACCGAGGUCGGGGGCUACUGCAUCUGGUUGGGAGCUGGGUCCAGGUGAUGUAAGCCACACUCCCCCGGCCAGCCAUGUCCCAGGCCAGCGGGAUGAGGCCGCCCCUGAGGUGGGCUGAUGGGAGAGCAGUGUGUAUGGCCACUGGCUGCUGGAUGUGAGCAGGAAAGUGUUCAACUCCUUCAGAGGAGGGUCCAAUCUCUAGCGCCAAGGCCCCUCCUGUGUGAGCCCAGUCACUUCUCCCUCCUGCUCCCGUCUUCCCGUCUUUCCGUCUUUCCGUCUUUCCUACCACCCAUCGACCAGACUCUGGGUUCCUCAUUCCCCCAGCCAUUCCCAGCCCACUAACCACACCCCCAGAGGCCCCUCACUGCAGGAGCCUGGAGGGCAGCUGGGGGUCAAGGAAAGAAGUGGUGGCGGUGGAGGCACAGCCUGCUGCUUCCUGGGAAGGACUGCUGGGUGAGCUCCGCUCCAGCGGUGAGGGACUGCAGGGCCCUGCUGACCCUCCAUCCCAGGGAGGGGGCCCUUUAAGCUCAGGGUUGGAUUUCCUGGUAGAGAAUGUGAGGGAGGGGCCUGUCUGCUGACGCACCUCCCCCACUCGCCCAGGCCUGCUCAGUGGGGAUGCAGUCGUGGGGCUGCCCCACCCUUCAUGCUCUAAACUGUUCACCCCAAGGUCACUAUAGGUCCCAAGAAGAGGUCACAUGGCUCAGGGACUGGCAGCCCAGGAGCCUGGGCGGCAAGCAAGCCUAGGAAGGGCUUUUCCGUCCCCGUCCCUCAGCCUCUGUCUCCCUUGGCCCAGCAGUUUGGCCGAGCCUCCCGUCUGGUUAGGGCCCUGAAGCAGUGUUUGCCACCACUCCACACAGGCUCACCCCAACGCCACAGAAAAAGCACAAGCAGCCCCGGCAGCUCAGGUCAAGCCCACGAGGGGAGCCGAAGACACUUCUUUCCCCAGACAAGGCCCUCCUGGUGCGCUGAGGCCCGAGUCCCCACAUCCCCGAUAUAGGUGGCCCGGGGAAGGAACCUGGGGUCAGAUCUGUGCCUCAGAGCAGUGGGGGCUCAAAACCUACCCCCAGCCCAGCUCACCAACGUUCACAAGCACAAACCCCAGGACUCUGCUUGGCUGGGUUCUGCUCUGGGGAUGUGGCCAAUGUCCACCUGAGGCCAGAGACAGCAGUGCAGGCUGAGGGGCCUAGGGUCGGUGGCUGGCUCACAGAGGCCCUGGGAGACAGAGAUGACGGCUCCUGCCUGCUCAGGCAGCACAGGCCCUUCCAAGGAACAUUCUCAAACAUACAUUCCAUCGGCUGUCACCCAAUCUCUGCUCAGCCUGGCCCCAGGUGAGCAGCACCUGCGGGGAAGGGUGGGAUGGCGGACACCAUGGACACUGGUCUGGCUUAGUCCUGGGGACUCCUUGGCACCCACAGGUGGCCCUCUCCUUGGAGUUGCACUGACACCCGUCUCCAGUCUGACUGGGGGGUCCCUCUCCCCUCCUCCAGGAGGGCAUCAGCUUUCCCUGGCUCAGGGAUCUUCUCCCCCUGCCCCUAGUCCAGUCCUCCCAGCUGGUGUAGCUCUGCUUCUCAGACCCAGGCCCUUGAAAGGGCCAUCACUAUGCCCCUGUCCCCCUUGGCCUCGGCCAGGCUGGCUCUCUUCCGACCAGGAGAGGGUGGUCUCCCACACUGGGACAGGGACUGGCCGCACGUCUGCAUGGCAGAAGCAUCUCCCUUGGGCACAGCCCGGGAGGGCAGUUCCUGUUCUCAGCGCCCACCAAUAUUCAGUUCUGUAUAUUUUAAU